GAUCCCAAGGACUCCCCUCGCAAUCCACAACAAGGUCCCGAGAUGGCUCCGUACGAGGAAGUGCGCGUGUCCGGCUUCGAAGAGUUCAACCGGGCCGUGGAGCAACAUAAUGGCAAGACCAUUUUCGCCUACUUUACAGGUUCUAAGGACGCUGGAGGGAAAAGCUGGUGCCCGGACUGUGUGCAGGCUGAACCAGUUGUACGAGAGGGGCUGAAGCAUGUUAGUGAAGGAUGUGUGUUCAUCUACUGCCAAGUCGGAGAAAGACCUUAUUGGAAAGAUCCAAAUAAUGACUUCAGAAAGAACCUGAAAGUAACUGCAGUGCCUACACUACUAAAAUAUGGGACACCUCAAAAACUGGUAGAAUCUGAGUGUCUUCAGGCCAGCCUCGUGGAGAUGCUGUUCUCUGAAGAUUAAGAUUUGAUGAUGGCAAUUGUACCUUGAUUUCCUGACCCUGCUAUAGUAUAAACAAAACUGCAUAACUGCUUUGAAUUUGUGUUAGCAAUAAAUAAU